CUCAUUUUUCUUUCAUGCCCACGGAUUUCCCGCUUCUGACUACUCUUCCCUCUGAAAAUCUCCCACUUUCAACGUUUCAUUUCAAUCUCAACGUCAACCCAAAAAUGGUAACUUUCGACAUAUUUAUUCAUACCCAGAUUUCUUUUGUAACUCCUUAGAUCUUCUUCACCAUUUCUUACUGCUCCUCCAUUUUCCAUUACGACCGAUUAGCUACUCUCAGAUCUGAGUGCCCGCUACUGAUGUUGCUGUUAUAAAAACAUAAACAAUUGUCGGCCUGCAUCAACUCCUUGAAUUCUCACAAUCUACAUGUGCAAGAUUAAUAAAAAUUUUAGUGCACAUUUUGAUGAGUUGGAUCCCAAACUUUAUUUCUUGCUGGCCUGACGGAAAAGGAACACUCAACUGGGAAGAAUAGACGAAUUCUCUAACCAUUGUAAAGUUGGAGGGAGAACUUGUUGUUCAAAAAGAAGAUCAAGGGGAACUAUCAAAGGAGAUGGAAUCUUUAAACAUCAGUGAGGAUACUCCUAAAUUAAAAAAUGAUAAUGGGCAUGAUGGAUUGGGUGAUAGGAUGGAUGUGAGUAGGGAUUUGCAGUCUGAAGCUCAAGAAGAAAAGGUAGAUGAUAAUGUUGGACUGAAUGAUUUGGUUGAAAAGAAGGAUGGGAGCAGGGAUUUGCAGUCUAAAACUGAACAAAAAUUGGACAAUGACUCUAGUGACAAGAUAAAUGAGAGUAGGAAUUUAGUUGACAAGAUGGAUGAGAAUAGGGUUUUGGAGUCUAAAUCUCGAGAGGCUAUGGACCAAACAACGGAGGAGGUUCUUGGUGAGGAGAAUGAACAGGAGCCUGUCUUUGAUGGAACAGAGGUUCCUGGGAUGGAAGCUAGCCGAAGCGCAUCUACCCGUUCAUUGGAUCUUGAUCCAGAGACUCAGGGUGUAGUUGAGAAAGCAGUGGCACUUAAAAAUUUUGUUAAGGAGAAGGGUGUAGUUGCAGUGUCCAGCGUUCUGCGUCGCCUUUCUGGAAAAAAAGAUGAAAAUGGACAGGAUGUUUUUGAGGAUGAAAAUAGGGAUGCACCAGAUUCCACCGAGAACAGUGAUGCCAAAGAAGUCUCUCAGAAAACAACUGAGAAAUCUGCAUGGAAUCCAUUAAGCUAUAUAACGAUGUCACGUGAUGCUGAUGCAGACAACAAAGCUGAGUUGAGGGAAGAAGUUGUUGAAGAAUCUGCACAACCUAUAGCCAUGAAAGGAAGAAUUUUACUUUACACAAGGUUAGGGUGCCAAGAUUGCAAAGAGGCUAGGUUAUUUCUGUACUGGAAAAAGCUUAGUUAUAUUGAAAUUAACAUUGAUAUCUACCCCAGUAGAAAGCUAGAGCUAGAAAAAAUUUCUGGGUCUUCUGCUGUUCCAAAGGUGUUCUUCAAUGAAAUCCUUAUUGGUGGAUUGAAUGAGCUAAAAGCCUUAAAUGAGUCUGGAAUGCUCAAUGAAAAGAUUGAUUAUCUGAUCAAUGAAGAACCAUCAUUUGAAGCUCCUUUACCGCCUCUUUCUGGUGAAGAUGACCUCUCCAGUAGUGGGGCUAUUGAUGAACUAGCUUUAAUUGUCCGAAAAAUGAAAGAAUCUAUUGUUGUUAAGGACCGGUUUUAUAAAAUGCGAAGGAUCACCAACUGUUUCCUAGGUUCAGAAGCUGUCGAUUUCUUAUCAGAAGAUCAGUAUUUGGAAAGGGAAGAGGCUAUUGAAUUUGGACGAAAACUUGCAAGCAAACUCUUUUUUGAACAUGUUAUUGAAGAGAAUCUGUUUGAGGAUGGUAACCACUUGUAUCGCUUCUUGGACAAUGAUCCUAUUGUGUCAUCUCAAUGCCACAACAUCCCAAGGGGUAUAAUUGAUGUGAAGCCAAAGCCUAUUAUAGAAAUUGCUUCAAGGCUGAGAUUUUUGUCCCAUGCAAUUCUUGAAGCCUACACAUCAGAAGAUGGAAAGCACGUGGAUUACAGAAGUAUUCAUGGCAGUGAAGAAUAUGCAAGGUAUUUGAGAAUAGUUGAGGAGCUCCAAAGAGUGGAAGUCCAGGAUAUGCCAAGGGAAGAGAAGCUUGCUUUCUUUAUAAAUCUCUAUAAUAUGAUGGCCAUCCAUGCGAUACUGGUGUUGGGUCAUCCAGCUGGGCCACUAGAACGAAGGAAGUUGUUUGGAGACUUUAAGUAUGUUGUUGGUGGGUCCACCUAUUCACUUUCAGCCAUUCAAAAUGGCAUUUUAAGGGCCAACCAACGGCCACCAUACAAUCUCAUGAAGCCAUUUGGUGCAAAAGAUAAACGUUCCAAGGUGGCUCUUCCUUACCCAGAACCACUUAUACACUUUGCGCUGGUUUGUGGUACCCGAUCUGGUCCUGCUUUACGAUGCUAUUCUCCUGGGAACAUUGACAAAGAGUUGAUGGAGGCAGCCCGUGAUUUUUUAAGAAAUGGAGGAAUUGUUAUUGAUUUGAAUGUCAAGGUUGCAUCGGCUAGUAAAAUCCUUAAAUGGUUUAGUGUAGAUUUUGGCAAGAAUGAAGUAGAGGUACUGAAGCACGCAUCAAACUACUUGGAGCCGGCUGACUCUGAAGGGUUACUGGAUCUGCUUGCCAACUCUCAGUUGAAGGUGAUAUAUCAGCCUUACGACUGGGGCUUAAACCGCUAGAGUUCGUUUAUAUUUUCUUAUACCAUAUACAGCUUAAGAUAAUUUUCCAUAGUCUUAUAAAAAUUAGCCCCAGGGAAGUGUUGGACAAUAUGUUACUAUUGUUCCAUUAAUCUUUAUCUCCCAUCAAAGGCAUGUCUUUAUGUUUGGAACAAUAUGAUGGCACUUACUGAUGAGCCAGGGUCAAAGCGCAAGGAAAGUUCCAUGCCUUUUCCCCCCAUCUGUGACAAAUUUAUUUAUAUUUCACUUUUUACCAUGAAAUGCAAAAACAUCUAGCUUUCCUUC